AUGGAUGCAGCACUUGGGCGAUUGGGCGCAUCACUUCAAGAAGAGCUCAACUCCACCCUGCAACCACUUGUUCAGCAAAUUGUGAUACAAUCCACACAGAUUUGUGUUGAUCUUUGCAAAGACAGGCUUUCUGAACUAUUAGAUCAAGUGGAGAAUCGAGGAGCUCCUGUGGACCCAGUCUACACUGCUGUAACCAAAGGUCGUGGUCCAACACCAGAGGAAGCUGCAAGAGCUUCUGCAAAAUUGUUGGUUUCUGCUGCACUUCUGUCUUCGGGAGUUCUAGUUGAAGCACCAGAGACUGUGGGCUUCACGACACAAUCAACCCAAACGGUCACUGUCCCUGUUCCCGUUGCUCCCGUCCCCGUUGUCCCCGUUGCCCCCAGUGCCACUGCUGCCACUGUUGCCACUGCUGCUGCCACAGCAAGCAUCACGAGCCAUUCCGCAACUGGCACACCAGCAACAGCUGCCAAAGCAGCAGCUCCAAUGGCUCCAAGCCCAGUGGCCAAAAAGGCCACCCCGGUGCCUAAAGCUGCACAAGCCGCGCAAGCGUUCAAAGCGAUGCCACAGAAGGCACCACCUCUACAGCCUCAAGCUGCACAAGCUGCAUCGCCAUUGCCAGUGCCCAAACCGAAAGUGGAGCCCCGCAAGAGCUUUGCAGAGCAAGUCGCAGUUGGUGUCUCGAGCAUCUUUGGCAAGUCCACGCCGCCCAAAGCAAAAAGCAAGGAAAGCGUUCAGACAGGGCCACCGCCAAGCGUGAUGAGUAUGAUUCGGAAAAGCUAUCAAGCGGCGGCAAAAAGCGAAGAACAGCCCAAGGACGUCAAAGAGGAGAAGACGCCAAUACCAAAGCCGAAAACACCAGGACGAGUUUCCACAAGAUCUGUGCAAGCAUUGCCUCGGAAAACUCAGCGAAGCAGUGCGGUUGGAGAAGAAGAUCUUAGUGCAACGCCGCAAUCCACAGAACCUCCAAGGCUUGUGCGACAUGUCUCCCAACCGCUGUUUGCUGGACCUGCGUUGUCCAGGGGUGUGUCAGGCCAGAGAUCACCUCUACUGCUGAAUCGGGUCAUUUCGACGCCGCUGGAGCAGGUGGCAGAUCCUCACAAGCUCGAAGAAGAGUUGAAGCGUGCCCACCUUUCAGAAUUGCUGGAUAAAGAGCUUCAGGCAGAGCUGAAGAAGGCACAGCCUGACAAUGUUCGGGACUUUGUGCGAGACUUUUGCCUGCGCAUGGCAGCUCCCAAAUUUCAGCAUCGGCUGUUCUUCAACGCCCGCCUUGGUGUGUCUUGGCGAAUACCUCCGGCGGCAACUUCAAUCGUCGCUGCCACCCGCAUUUUUCGGUCUCUCAGGAGAUGGGUGCGACGUGAGCUAACUCGCAUUGGACGAAAGCCUCGUGACCCUGAGCUUGCAUGGGCAGAGGCACGAAUAGCUCCCAUGACUGCAGCGGCUUUAAGGAGCAACUGGCGUAGAGUUGAGGAGGCCAUUUGCAAAGAGACAAGCUGGGAGGCUGGAAUCGCUGCUCUGCAAAUUCUGCUGGAGCGCGGUUUCGAUCCCAAUGCCGCUCCAUUCAGGAUCUCGCCGCUCUUGCUGGCAUCGCUUGCAGGGAAUCUUCACGCGGCACAGUUUCUUUAUGUUCGCGGUGCUGACAUGCAUCAAGGAGGAGGUGCUAGCCAGCAUCAGCAAUUGCUUCCAAUCGAUGGAGCAUCAGCUUGCGGAUUCUUGCGCCUCGUGGCCUUCUUCCGGGAAAACGGUUCAACUGGUGCCAGGGCAUUGCAUUUUGCUGCCAGUGGCGGACACCUGGAUGUUUGCAGAUAUUUGCUGGCUACCGGGGUGAGUCCAGAUCUCAAGGCUGACAAAGGAAUUUCAGCCUUUACUCUUGCUCUGUUGUAUGGUGAAUGCUUGGCUGCGCUGGUCUUGCUGCCGAAUUGUUCACCUGCCAAUCUUGAAGAGGCCUUGCCCGGCGAGGUGUGCUGGAGAGUAGGCUUGGCGGGUGGCUCCACUGUGUUGCAUUUAGCAGCACAUUUAGGUGGAUCCAGAGAAAGACUACUGGCUCCACUGCUUGAGAGAUGUCCAGUGCUGCUGAACCGUGCCAACUGGGCGCAGGAGAUUCCCGCAAUGCUUGCUCCCACAAUGAUGCGACCCACGCUGCAACCACGAUCACUUCAUGCAUUCGAGGCGUUGGGCGAAUGCCCUGAGAGUGCCAGCGUUGAAGAUCGAAUGAAGGUUGCCAUUGCAGGAGUCCUUGGCGAGGAUGCCAGUGCCACCGAUGACCAGCUGAAGGGAGAAAUGUGUGUCAUUUGCAUGGAGGGCCCAGCAGACGGGGAAACACCCUUCAAGCGACUCUAUUGUGGCCACUGCUUCCAUCGCGGUUGUUUGGGUGGCUGGCGUGCGGAGGGACAGAACGGCGCAUCAUGCCCGGCAUGCAGAAAACCUUUGCCUGAGCCCACUGCUCGUGCGGAGGCUGGAGGCCUGACUCUCCUUGAGCUGGCGACCCUGGGAAACUCAGACGACCUGGCAUCCCUACUUCUUUCAGUAGGAGCAGGCGGCAAGGCAUCGAAGAGCUCGGACAUCACGCCUCUCAUGUGGGCGCACUGGAAAGGAUGCGAAGCAGUUGCAACCGUCCUUACCUCGAAAGGCUGGCAGCUCACCAACAGUGACUUGGAAGGCAGGGAGAUGAGUAUUGCCAUGGAUUGCUUCAAAUUACAAGCUGAGAUUGUGACCAAUAGAUUGCGAUAG